AUGGUGUGCUCAAAGGUCGAUGGUGUCACCCUUCGAUUCUGGGAAUCUUCGCAUAACUCGAAGGAAGUGCCAACCUAUCGGAGUCUGGUGACCUUCCUGAAAAAUCAUUGCGCUGUUCUCCAGUCAGUUGAACCGAACAAAGCCACCUCCGACAAACAGAAGAAACCGAAGAUAAGCGUCAGCCAUCCUACGAUCGCCACCGAUCCGCAUUUCUACCAAUCGUCAAGCAUCGACAUGAUCAUCGGUGCCGAAUACUACCUCGACCUGCUGCAAGAAGGGAGGUUCCGGCUCAGCGAAGAGGGUCCAACAUUUCAAAACACAGUAUUUGGAUGGAUCGUGUCAGAAUCUAAGUGUGAGGAAAUCUUCAAGCAAACCACAACCCGCGACGAAGAAGGACGCUUUGUCGUAUGCUUACCGAAGAAAAGGCACAUCAUUGAGCAAUUGGGAGAGUCAAGACGCAGCGCAGAACGACGAUUCAUCAGUUUGGAGCGACGAUUUGCCACAAAUCCGCAGCUGAAGAAACUGUACUGUGAAUUCAUGGAGGAAUACUCGUCAAUGGGUCAUAUGAAGGAAGUCAGCGAUGCAGAACUGUCCGGAUCAGUGUGUUAUUAUUUGCCACACCAUGCUGUUCUGAAGCUGGACAGUACAACGACCAAAUUGCGCGUUGUGUUUGACGCAUCGUGCAAAACUACAUCAGGCGCUUCACUCAAUGAUGGGUUGAUGGUCGGUCCCGUAGUCCAGGAUGAUCUCAUCUCUAUUUAG